AUGUCGACAACUAGCAACGGACGUGUUCUCCUAGCUUACUCUGGUGGUCUUGACACCUCGACUAUUCUUGCGUGGCUCAUUGAUGAGGGCUAUGAAGUGAUUGCCUAUAUGGCCAAUGUGGGUCAGGAAGAAGACUUUGAUAGCGUGCGAGAAAAGGCGCUAAAGUGCGGCGCGAAGGAAUUUAUUCUAGAUGAUGUGCGCCGGGAAUUCGUUGAAGAGUUGAUAUUCCCUGCUGUGCAAGCGAAUGCGAUCUAUGAGGAUGUCUACCUGUUGGGCACGUCGCUUGCACGUCCUGUGAUUGCGCGUGGCAUGAUUGAGACGGCUGAAAAGAUGAAGUGUGAAUAUGUGUCACACGGGUGUACCGGUAAGGGGAAUGAUCAGGUGCGCUUUGAGCUUGCUUUCUAUGGCCUGAAGCCGGACAUCAAGGUUAUUGCACCAUGGCGCAUCCCGAAAUUCUACCAGCGUUUCGCAGGCCGCAGCGAUCUGCUCGAGUACGCGGCUUCUAAGGGAAUCCCUGUGGCGCAGACGAAGGCCAAGCCAUGGUCGACGGAUGAGAACCUGUUCCACAUCUCGUACGAGGCGGGUAUUCUGGAAGACCCCAACACGACGCCUCCAGAGGACAUGUGGAAGCUGACACAAUCGCCACAGAAUGCGCCGAACGAGCCAGAGAAGAUCUCCAUCGAGUUCACGAAGGGCAUUCCGACGCGCCUCACGGUACAUGCCACUGGCAACGUUUACACGGACGCGUGUGACCUGUUCCUUCAACUGAACACGCUUGCUCGGAAACAUGGCAUUGGCCGUGUCGACAUUGUCGAGAACCGAUUUAUCGGUGUCAAGUCGCGUGGAUGUUACGAGUCUCCAGGUGCUACAAUUCUGCGUGCCGCACACAUCGAUUUGGAGGGCUUGACACUUGACAGGGAAGUGCGCCGCAUCCGCGACCAGAUCGUGACGACAAAGCUGUCGGAGAUCUUGUACUACGGCUUCUUCUUCAGCCCCGAAAGCCAGUACGUGCGUAGCUGUAUUCCUCCCAGUCAGCUCACAGUCAACGGCACUGUGAAGCUGAGUCUGUUCAAGGGCCAUGUUUCUAUUGAUGGCCGUAGUUCCGAUGAGCUGCUGUACGACGAGAAGUUCACCUCGAUGGAUGAGCUGGGUGGAUUCGAGCCAGAGGAGACGUCUGGCUUCAUUGCUGUGCAGUCGAUCCGUCUCAAGCGCUUUGGUCUGGGCCAGUCCGUCAAAGGGCUUGCUGGCACUGACCCCAAGAAAGCCUAUGCGAUUCCCCAGUAA